AUGUUGUUAUCUUUGGUGAGCAAACGCUCACUGGAGGUAGAUUCCAGGGACGCCUAUGGAUUUGCCUUGAGACCUCAACACGUUCAAAGAUAUCAAGAAUACCAUACCAUCUAUACAAGCUGCAAGAGAGAGCAUCAUAAGCUUAACUUGCCUAAGAAAUGCAAUAAGAUGCUCUUUCGGAAGCAGUUUAUGGAGGAAGAGACUGAGAGGGCAGAGAAAUGGAAAAACUUUCUUGACCGGCUAGACGAUCCCGUUGAGCCUGCUUCCUCGGAAGAGGAUUUUCAGGAUACAUUGCAGGCUGAUGGUUCGGAAUCUGGAGAGGAGAGUGAUUCAGAGAAGGGUUCAAGAAACGGAAAAAAUGACUUACCAGAAUCUGAACUUGGUGGUAAAGAGGACCAGGAUCUUGAACAAGAGAGAGGACCAGCCUCGACCGAGGAGGCUCAGGUUCAUGAAGAACACCAAUAUGUGAGGGAGAAGAGUCUUGGAAAAUACACGGAAACUGUGAAAGAUGAGGAGCAACCUGAACCUGUGAAGGAUGGGGAGCUACCUGAACCUGUGAAGGAGGAAUUUACAGUCGAAAGUGAAUCUGACGAAGAGAAACAAUCUCAAUCAGUAAAGAAACAUGUAGAUCAUCUACACAUUCAAGAAGAAAAUGCAACAGAAAAGGCCGAGGCAGAAGCGGAUAAAUGUGGAUUGGAACAUGAAAAAGGAAAAAAGGAAACGAAGAACCGUUCAGUUAUAGAGUGGGCUCAUAUUAGACCUUGUCUUUCGUCUAUAGAGGCUAUGAUGUCCUCUCGUGUUAAGAAAGGAAAGUAUAUGAAUAAUAAGCAGAGCACUUUAGUAGGGGACCAUGCUUCAUCGAUAAACAAAUCGCUGCCUUCCAUUGGAGAAUCUGAACAAGACUCUGCGGAAAAUGACCGUGACAGUGAGACUUCCACGGGUAGAUGUGAUUCAAUAAAAGAAGAAAAUGAUGCUCAUAAUAGUGUUUCUCCAGAGCCAUUUUUCCCUUGGUAUGAAGAACUUGAGGUACUUGUACGUUUGGGAGUUCCAAAAGAUCUCAGAGGAGAGGUCUGGCAAGCCUUUGUAGGUGUAAAGGCAAGACGAGUUGAGAGGUACUAUCAGGAUCUGUUGGCACAAAUAACUAACUCUGACGAAAGCAAGGAACAUCCAAACUCUUCUGAUGUCCAAAGAAAGUGGAAAAAACAAAUUGAAAAGGAUAUACCGAGGACAUUCCCAGGUCACCCUGCUCUGAAUGAGAAUGGUCGAGAUUCAUUAAGGCGGAUACUUCUAGCUUAUGCUUGUCACAACCCAUCUGUUGGGUACUGCCAGGCUAUGAACUUCUUUGCCGGCCUUUUGCUUCUAUUGAUGCCAGAAGAAAAUGCAUUUUGGACUUUGGUUGGAGUCAUUGAUGAUUAUUUUGAUGGCUACUAUACAGAAGAGAUGAUAGAAUCUCAGGUUGAUCAACUAGUCUUUGAAGAUUUGAUGCGGGAAAGAUUUCCGAAGCUCGUUAAUCAUCUGGAUUACUUGGGAGUGCAGGUAGCAUGGAUAUCCGGGCCAUGGUUUCUUUCUAUUUUUGUGAAUAUACUUCCGUGGGAAUGCGGGGAACGCAUUACACGUCCGGCACAGGAAGGCUUCCUUUUGCGGAUGUGGGAUGUGCUUCUCUUUGAAGGGAAUCGUGUCGUGUUGUUCCGAACAGCUUUUGCUUUAAUGGAACUAUAUGGUCCUGCAAUUGUUGCUACGCAAGACGCAGGAGAUGCGAUUACUUCGCUACAAACCCUUGCUAGUUCAACAUUUGAUAGCAGUCAACUUGUUCUGACCGCAUGCAUGGGUUAUUUAUCGACAAAUGAGGCUAGACUGGAGGAGCUGAGAGUAGUACAUAGACCAGCGGUACUAGAGAUUGUCGAGGAAAGAAUACAUAAGGGUCGAGUCUGGAAGGACAAAAAGGGAUUGGCUUCUAAAUUAUAUAGCUUUAAACAUGAAGGCUCUAUCCUAGAUGAACAACAGUCUACUCAUAGGACCAAUGGUGAGAAUCCAGAUGACGAUGAAUCUCGUUCCCUGAAUCCGGAUGGCUCAAAUGUUGAUUCCGAAUUAGACUCUUUACCAGAUCUUCAAGAGCAGGUUGUAUGGUUGAAGGUUGAACUAUGCAGACUGUUGGAGGAGAAAAGAUCAGCUGUGUUGAGGUUUAUUGUUACUCUGCUUCCACCUUCCCUUGCUCAUUCUUCAAGGAGUUUAAAACAGAAUUUUCUUGAUACCGAGUGA